CUAACCACAAUCACUUUUGUCAAAAAUCGAUUUAUUCCCUACUCGGAUUCGUCAAAAUCUUAUCGAUCAAUUGGAAUGUCGGAAACUUCAAGCGACAAAAAUUGUUGUGAAACGCUGGAAUGGAUUCGUGAAAGAGUGCACAACAAGAAACACUUCACUGCACGUGGCAUCGGACAAAUCGUCGAUGUGUCUGGAAUGGAUGCGGAGCUUGUUGUCAAAGUGCUCGCCGGAGCUCUUUUCGCAAUUCUCGCGUUCAGUGAUCAGGCGCACUUCUUCGCCAACGCUCUACUCGUUGCGAUCCCAGCAUUGCUCAUCUUCGUCUUUCCGAUCGAAAAACCAACGGACGAGUCACUCUUCGUUUACUUCUCGUUGUUUGGCGCAGUGACGUGUCUGGAUCGUAGCUUGGAGAAAAUUCCAUGCUAUUAUGUGAUUAAGUUGGCACUUUUUGCACUGCUGUACCUGCCACCAUACGUCAUGCAUCAGAAGAUUAAUGAAUUCAUUCGAGAGCAACUCAAGAAGCAGAAGAGCAAUGAAAACGUGUCAGAGAUGAGCCAAAGAUCCGCACCAAGAACCGCCGCAUCAACUAGAACUGCCAUCUCGGCUCCACCACCGCCAAGACCACCACCACAAGAACCACCAAAGCCAGUUGAGCAAGCAGCACCACCGCCACCACCAGCUCCAAUGCCAGUCCCUGUUGAGAAAGCUCCGGAACCAGUGCCAGCUCCUGUGGAACAGAUUGCCCCACCACCAGCUCCGGUUCAGGAUCCAGCUCCUGCACCAGUCGAACCAUCUGAUCCUGCUCCACCGUCGAAGCUUCCAUCUCCAUCAAAGAGUUGCACGGAUCUUGCUGGAGGAUCUCAACGUUUCAAAACCGGACCACACCCAAUGCAAUCUUCAUCCUUCCACAAUUUGAAGUCGGAAUUUGAUGGUUUCAAUUCAGCUAUUAGCCCUGGCCACAAUUUGAAUGAUGUUCUGUUCCGCCCGAUGGAUAAGAUUGUGUUCAAUGCUCCAUUCGACUUUGAAAAUCUGACAUAUCACAUGAGAGUUUCCAACAACAGCCGUCACCGCAUUGCCUACGCAAUCAAGGGAAACUCGGUGCCCCGUGUCAUGGCUUACCCCGCAUUUGGAAUCUUGGAACUCGGAGAAGGACGAAUCAUUGCUGUGUCGGUGCAAAAGUUUGAUUGGAAUGAUUUUGAGUACAACAAGGAUCGUAUCGCUUUCGACUACGUUUUGCUGCCGGAUUCCAAUAAGGAGAAGGCGUUCUCGAUGAGUAUGUUCCAGCAUUCGGACUCGAAGCGUCGCAAGAAUAUCAAGAUUGAGUACAAUCCAUAGAACUCUCUUACAGACUUACAGAGCUUACAGACAUCGUAUAAAAUGCUAUUUGAAUUU